AUGGUUUUAAGAGUGUAAAAGAUUCCUCAGUAAGUAAUAUAAAACGAUUAUAUUUAUAUUGAAAGAGUUUCUAAUAAACAACUAUUUUUGAAUUUAGAAAAUUUUUUAUUAAAAAAACCAAAAUAUUAAAAAAACAAACAAAAUAAAUUAGAUUAGAGAUUUUAAAUGCAUACUAUUUUAAAAAAGAUAAAGAAGCUUGACUAAUUCUCUGAGCAGUUUAAUUUUUUUAUUCAAAAGAGAAGUAAAUAGAAAUAAACUUUAGCUGGUGGUAUUUUUUCUUUAACAAUAUGCAUAGUUUCGAUGUGCUACUUAGGAUACCUUUUAUUUUUAUAUUUUGGAAAUAGAUUACUUCCUAAAAUAACUACACAAACAUAUAUUAGCACCUCUUAUUAGGAAUUAAAGACUAAUGUAAAUAUGUUUGGGUUCUCUCUUAUGCUGCCUGGAGGAAUUACACUUGAUUAAUUACAAUAAAAGACAGGGAAAUAGUAUAUAACAUUUUUAUUACAACAUUCUGUUUAUUAACAGAACUAAAUGGUACGAACACAAAUUCCAAUUUAUAAUUGCUAAGAUCCAAUGUUUUUAGGAUUAUUAUGCAUUGAUCUUUAAAAUUAAUCAGAUUCAAUCAAAACAUUAUUUUAAAACCCAACCGAUCUCAGCUAAUCUUUUUACCACUUAACCGUUUCACCUUGCUAAGGACUUUCAAACUGUGCAACUCCUUAAGAAAUUUAUGAUUUAAUAUUCUAAGACUCAGUAGCAUUUAUUAUUAAAAUAAAAAUAAAUCAAUUUAAUUAUAUAACUUAACAAUUUGAAGAGACUUAUAAAUUUGACUAUUUAUAAUUUGAUGAUUCUUUAAGCAUACAGGUAUAGUAUGUGCUUAGAUAGUCAAAAAACAUUAUCAAUUAAGGGUUGAUUUUCUAGAACACUGAUACUAUUUAUAAUGUUUAAAAUUUUUAGAGAAUUACGACUUAUUUUAUUUCCAUUAGUCACUGA